AUGUCCGCCAAGAGGACCAAGCUAGUGCUACCGGACGAAAUUUCGUCCGAAGAGGAGGGAGCCACGGGCCCUACAACGAUGAUGGAGGGGAACUCGAGCCUCCUCAUGCGAAUUGCGGAGCUGGAACAAGAAAAGGCCGACAUGGCGCAGCAGUUGGAGUGCCAAAUGGCAUUCAUCAAGGAGCUGCAGCAGCAGAUGAUAGAAUUAAAAGCAGCUAACAUGGUCGCGAAGCAGCCGGUCCAACAGCAAGAAGAGCAACAGCAGCAGCUAAUUAAGCAACAGCGACAACAACAGCAGGAGCAGAGGAAGCAGCAGCGACAACAGCAGCAGCAGCAGCAACGACAGGAGCAGCAAAGCGAAGAAGAUGACGGCAUGUGCCCGGGGGUCAUCAUCGAGGAGGAGGAAGGAGACCCCUUCAACUUCGUCGUCCGAAAAAAGAAGGCAUCAAAUAAGACCAAGGUUAGUGCUAUCACUGACAACAUUGAUGGACCACCAGAACGACUUUUCGAACAGAACUCACCUGUUGAUUUGAAGUUGUCAACAACCUCCUGGAAGGAUGAAUGUUGUCUUCCGAUGACUCCCGCAAUUUCCAUGUAA